AUGUCCCAAAAUUUGCAAAUGCCGACGCCUCUUGGUGGAACCAUCGAAGAGAGUUGUGUCUUGCGCGCCGCACUUGUUCUGAUGAAGGCUUUUCUCCACCUCCGCGAAGCGACAUGGCAGAAUUUCGUCAUUGGCAUUGUCAAGGAUGGUACCAAUUUGCUCAUUGUCCAUGACCAUACCCACGCCGGCAGGCGGUAUGGAUGGUUCGCGACCUUCCCAAAUACCCUCGUUAGUAGUGUCGUACAAAAACAGGCUCUUCUUACAACGGCAUCAUGCCACGACAUCGGACACAUGAAGACACUCAUUGAACAGGUCUUCAAGGGCAUGGACGUCACCGUAGAGGAAGUCAAGAUCCACCGCAAAGAUCUCGGGAAUCGAACCAUGGUCAUUCAGGAAAACGGAUAUUGCCAUUUCAAGAUCCCAGAUCACUGGCUCCUCCGUGUCACUUCGCACUUCACCGGCUAUCAAUGGGCGAUUGACAUGGCAGGCGCACAACAUGGCGCUUGUUUUCCCUUCGCCAGAUGGAGCGUUUAUCAUGACGCGUUCAUCGAGAAAAUUUUCACAGUGAAGCCACUAGGCACUCUUGCACGACAUGGAGCCUGGAUGUCGCAACUGAAAUGCAAGGCGGGGUCAACAUAUGACAUCAAUGGGAACGCCAUGCGGGCAUUUCAUGCCAAAGUGGACCCAAAGAUGGCCAGGAAAGGCGUUAAGUGGUUUGAUGUUUUGACAAAAAGCUAG